AUGCUUAGUAAAGAUGAGUAUCCCUGUAAAAAUAAUGAAGAAAUUGAUGAAGAAAUCAGUACAGAUGAAAAUGUAGAAUUGGCUGCAAGAGCGUUAAUGAAGUUAUCACAAGAUACUGCAAGCUCUUUAGAAUUAGAAGGAUCUAACGAAGAAAUUCGCAAAUUAGCUCCAAAAAGAAAUAAAAGAAAUAUAUCAAAACACCAAAAAAAUUUCCAAGCAAAAAGAUCCCAAAAAGCAUAUGAUAAAAAAAUUGAUGAACAAGACUUCCAACUUACUGAUAGUGAAGAAACAAUUUCGGCAUCUUCAACAAAUUCUCCCUCUUCAAAACAAUCUCCCUCUUUUGAAUCUGUGGAACAAUCUCAAGAAGAGAUUAAUUUAGUCUCUAUGGAAUCUAAAUCUCAAGAAGAGAUUAAUUUAGUCUCUUUGGAAUCUGAACCACAAAAGAGUCAAGGAUCUUCAAAACAGUUGCCAAAAUAUCCAGUAUCUGCUAAAAAUUCCAAUAAAAAGAUACCAAUUGCCAAAUUCAUUCAAAAAAUAACCACAGCAACCUCAUCUGAUGAUAUGAUGUUAUUUGAAGAUAGAGUAGGUCAACUUAUUGUAGAUGGUUAUGAAGAUAAUGCUGUACGAACUGAAUUAUAUGAUGAAAUAUUUCCAUUAAUUUCAG